AUGGAGGACUUCACUGAGAAGAACAGACAGGUCUUUGAAAAACUGUCCAAAACAUACAAGACCGACUUUGACGAAGCUCUGGCAACAAUGUAUCGCACAGUUCAGGCUCGUCGUCUCUGGGUCAGUGACACUUGGACAGAUACCGAUGCCAGGAAGGGGAAGGAUAUCAAGGUCCUUGAAUACGCAUGUGGGCCGGGAACCGUCUCUCUGGCGUUGGCACCCUUCGCAACUCGCAUUGUUGGGUUAGAUAUUUCCGAUGGAAUGGUCAAUGAGUAUAACACCAAUGCCCGUGAGGCUGGAUUUGCGGACAAGAUGGUCGGGUACAAGGGCGAUCUCUUCGCGGAAUCCGUGGCAACGGAACUCUCUGGCCCUGAGUUUCAUGAGUUUGACAUCGUGGUUGUUAGCAUGGCCCUUCAUCAUUUUGAGAAACCGGACCUGGCCGUCAAGCGGUUGGCGGAGCGACUGAAGAAGGGCGGGACUCUCUUGAUAAUCGACAUGAUCCCCAGUAAACAUCAUGGACCUCAUUCCCAUGGAUCAGGUCACCACCCGCAUGAGCAUGGUCACUCGCAUGGACAUGAUCACUCUCAUGAGGAAACUGAUGAUGAGUUCACAGAUGCCAGACAUACGAUCAAGACCCAUGGGUUUACUCAAGCCGAUAUGCAGAAGCUGUAUGAUGAAGCUGGAGUCGGGAUGAACUUUGACUACCAGAUCGUGGAGGAGCCAUUUACAUUCAAGAAGAACGGGGAGGAAUUCUCCAUGACGGUUUUCACGGCACGAGCUCAGCAGACCAUGCAGAAGUGCCGGGCCGCCAAUUCCGUCUUGGGGUCGAGGACAGUCGUCCCCCCCACCCCUCGAGUCCAAUUGCAGUCGCAGCGCCGCAAUCUGCAGGAUGUUGCUAUCUCUCGGACCGGAAAGCCGAUCCUGAAGGUUCAGGGUGGACGGUCGUCUCUGGGAGGUCAUACCGCGACUGUCUUUGGUGCUACUGGUUUCCUGGGCCGAUACAUCGUCAACAGGCUCGCUACGCAGGGAUGCACGGUCGUUGUUCCCUACCGCGAGGAGAUGGCCAAGAGGCACUUGAAGCCCACUGGUGAUCUCGGACGAGUCAACUUCAUCGAAUACGAUCUGCGUAACACCCAGUCGAUCGAGGAGAGUGUCCGUCACUCCGACGUUGUCUACAACCUUGUCGGUCGCCAAUAUCCUACCAAGAACUUCUCGUACACCGAUGUCCACGUUGACGGUGUGGAGCGCAUCGUUGAGGCCGCUGCCAAAUACGAUGUUGACCGUUUCAUCCACGUCUCUUCUUACAACGCCAACAAGGAUUCUCCCUCCGAGUACUUCGCGACCAAGGGAUGGGGAGAGGAAAUUGUUCGCUCCAUCUACCCCGAGACCACCAUCGUCCGACCUGCCCCGAUGUUCGGUUUUGAAGACAACCUCCUCCACAAGCUGGCUGGCGUGACCAACCUUUUCACCGCCAACCACAUGCAGGAGCGCUUCUGGCCCGUCCACGCCAUCAACGUCGGUGCUGCUCUUGAGCUUAUGCUCCACGACGACUCCACCGCUGGUCAGACCUACGAGCUCUACGGCCCCAAGAACUACUCGCCCGCCGAGAUCGCCGAGCUGGUUGACCGUGAAAUCAUCAAGCACCGCCGCCACAUCAACGUGCCCAAGCGCAUCUUGAAGCCCCUAGCCUACUACCUGAACAAGUUCAUCUGGUGGCCCACCAUGUCCGCCGACGAGGUGGAGCGGGAGUUCCACGACCAGGUCAUUGACCCGAAUGCUAAGACGUUCAAGGACCUGGGCAUUGAGCCCGAUGACCUGGCCAACCUCACCUUCCACUACCUGAAAGGAUACCGAAGCGCCUCGUACUACGACCUGCCCCCUGCCACGGAGCGGGAGCAACGGGAGGAGAAGAAGUACCUGCACGUUCUGGACAGCCAGUAG